CCAGAUGUCUUCGACUACAUACUUUACUUGAUUCAAAUUCGUUGUUUCAGUUGAUCAACACAUUCAAUUUCGAUCAACUCCAGACACUUGGAUUCAUCUCGCUCGGGCUCUAUUUGGUAGAUAAACCGAUUUCUUUAAACACUUACUCGAAUCUAACUAGAGUAAUGAAGACGUUAGCGGAUUAUUUGACGGAAGAUGAAGAAGAUGUAGUAGAUAUGAACACGAGGUGUAACUUUGAUUUCAAAAGGAUUAAAAACGAUUUGAACUUUUGCAGGCUACAUAGACAUGAUGACGAAGAUGAUCGCAAUCAAAUCGUUCCUCAUCAAUACUGUCAUCGAUGUGACUGGAUGUUCGAUGAGUUAACAUUGGCAGCUUCAAAGAUGGCUGAUCAUAUGAGUUUGAGUGUCGAGCAGCUUGUUCGUCUUCAUUUUACUUCGGGCCUGUCAAGAUUGUUAUGGUGUUUGUUUCAGUGUUUCGCCGAUGAUCAGGAACAAUUGCUAAACAAAGGACUAAAGCUAAUCCAGUUUGCGGUUAUGAAUGCGAUUGCGCUUAGGAAAAUUCUCAAGAAAUAUGAUAAAGUGCAUGAGUGUGCCAAUGGCAUGAACUUCAAGUCCAAAUUGCAGGCCAAGCACUUGGAUAUAUUGCAGUCACCAUGGUUGAUUGAAUUAGUAGCUUUUUGUAUCAAUCUUAAUGAUUCAGACAGUAGUUUAACUUCUGAUGAGCUUUUUGGUCCACUCUCUAUUGAUCUCAACUUAACCAGUGAAGGCUCUGUACUCACUUUGGUUCUUCUAGGAUCCGAAAAACUGGAUUGCAGUCUCAUCUGCCCGAUUUGCUUGGAUCUUGUUUUCCAACCAUAUGCUUUGAGCUGUGGGCAUAUAUUUUGCAAGUCUUGUGCUUGCUUAGCAGCUCGCGUUUUGAUCAUUGAAGGGCUCAAGUAUGCGAGCUCGGAUUCCAAGUGUCCAGUUUGCAGAGAGAGUGGAGUGUAUGAUAAACCAGUGUGCAUGUCUGAACUAGGUUUGCUCUUACAACAAAGGUGCAAAGAAGAGUACAAGGAAAGAGCGAUCGAAGAAAGAAAGAUACUAUUGAAGCAGACGAAAGAGUAUUGGGAGAUGCAAACGAGUCACGCGAUGGGAUUAUGACAACUUAUUGCGCGCAAUGACACGGUUUUUGAGACUAGUGAGGUGCAUGUAUCAAUCAUGUGUGCUAACAAGUGGAUUGAAAUGUUACUAGUUGAAGAAAUAUUGGAACAUGUACACACCUGAUCUGUAGGCGUAGAUUGUGAAUUGGGGACGAAUGAUUUAUGGGUCUUGUAUGUGUUAGUAAGACAAAAUACAUGUGGAUAUAAAAAGGUCAAAUGAUUGCAAAA